AUAUGGUUUAAGUGCAGUAAACUUUGGUUAUGGGGUCUUGAAAACUAUAUUAUAUCUGGCCUAUUUCAUCCUUUUCACCAGUGGUGUAUUUACCCAUCUGUGUCCGCUUUGUGCAUGUAUUCGAUUUUAUACUGGGACCUUUAUCAUUUUUUAUUGCAUCAUAUUUCGGUUUAUAUUAGGAUUUGAUACUGUGAUCAGGUCUUGGUGUUUCAGUAAUGAUGACAGAUAGGAAUGAGAGGAAUUGUAUGAUAUUUUGAUUCAGCGAAUCAUGUAUUAGAAUUUAUUUUGUUGUACCAUAUUAAAUUACCUGCUAAAUUGUUAUCUCAAUACUAUGUCAUGUAGUUCAGUCUAUUGAACAGAGAGGGACGCUGUUGGCCAUCGAGUUGCUGUGGAAACGUUUGUUGCAGUACCUCCCCUAUAGCUGAACAUAUUAAAUGGUCAAAUACAGAGAGGCAGAGUUAAGAGCUGGGACCGUCGUGAACAGCGCAGGCCAGGACUGCACAAUAGGAUUUCUUUGUUCCAGAAUUUAGGAUAAGUGUCAUCUCGAGGACCACAUUUGUGUAUUGAAAGCUCAAAAUUGGAAUCUAAGGGCGGAAAAACAGCGGAUAUUUCGCCUUUCUUCAAAGACAUGGUGACCGGAAUGAUGGGACGGCAAGUGCUGUUGUUUUUCUCAAUGCUGUCUCUCGGUGUCGUGCACGGGCAGGUCAGCUAUUCUAUUCCUGAGGAAUUGAAAAAGGGGUCUCUGAUAGGCAAUAUAGCCCAGGAUUUAGGUUUAAGUGUGGAUAGACUCAGAUCCGGUAAAGCUCGUAUUUAUACUGGCAACACUGAUGAAUAUAUUGAGUUGAAGCGAGACAGAGGAGUCCUCAUCAUUAAAGACAGAAUAGACAGAGAAGCUCUGUGUGGGCAAACAAUGCCGUGCGCGCUCCAUUUUCAAAUGAUCCUGGAAAACCCAAUGGAGUUUUAUACGGUUACCGUUGAAAUUACAGAUAUAAAUGACAACCCACCAACAUUUGAAAGGGGAGAGAUGAAAUUUGAAAUCUCUGAAUCGGCCCUUACUGGAGCUCGAUUCGUCUUAGAGAAAGCCAUAGAUGAUGAUGUCGGUGUAAACGGCUUAAGCAGCUACGCCCUAAAACCGAGUGAUAAUUUUGCUCUGAAAACCAUCAGUAGAAGUGAUGGGACUAAACAUGUCGAGAUGGUUUUACAGAAACCAUUAGACCGAGAGAAUCAUGAGCAUAUAUCAUUAAUUCUGACCGCUCUGGAUGGUGGUGAGCCACAGCUCUCAGGGACAAUGCAGAUUGUCAUCACUGUGUUAGACGCAAAUGAUAACCCACCUAUUUGUUCAAAACCGGAAUACAAAGCAAGUGUUGCAGAGAAUGCUGAUGUUGGCACCGUAAUAACCACCGUUAGAGCCACUGAUAAAGAUAAAGGCAUUCACGGAAAAGUAACAUACACGGUGUCAAAAUCUGGAGUAGCCUCUCUUUUCACAAUAGAUGCCAACAGUGGUCUAUUGACCUUAACUGGAAAUGUGGAUUAUGAGAAGAGGAGACUGUAUGAGCUGGACGUUCAGGUUUCAGAUCAAGGAGGAUUAUCUGACGCAUGUAAAGUAAUCGUGGACGUGACAGAUAUGAAUGAUAACCCCCCCUCUAUUAACAUCAUGUCCAACUCCAACACAGUAUCAGAGAAUGUGAAACCAGGGACGGUUGUAUCUAUGCUAAAUAUACAAGAUCCGGACUCGAAUGAUAACGGCAGAGUUCUGUGUGUUAUAAACGAAAAUAUUCCAUUUGCUAUUAAAUCAACAACGAAUAAUUUCUUUAGCGUUGUAACAGACAGUGAUUUAGACAGAGAGAGAGCCUCUGAGUAUAACAUCACAGUGACAUGUUCUGAUGAGGGAGUGCCCUCCCUCUCCAGCAGCGUCACUCUCACCUUACAGAUCUCUGAUGUAAAUGACAACGCGCCUGUAUUUGAGAGGAGCUCAUAUGAGGCCUACAUUGUAGAAAACAACACACCAGGCCUCUCUAUAUUCACAAUGAAAGCCAGAGACGCUGAUUGGAACCAGAAUGCCCGUGUUUCUUACAUCCUGGAGGACGCCUCUGUUAACGGAGUACCAGUCUCCUCAUAUGUUUCCGUCAGUGCUGAUAGUGGAGUCAUCCAUGCAGUGCGCUCUUUUGACUACGAGCAGAUCAAAGACUUUCAGUUCCGCGUCAGAGCGCAGGAUGGAGGUUCCCCUCCGCUCAGCAGCAACGUGACAGUCAAAAUGGUGAUCCAGGACCAGAACGACAACCCCCCUCAGGUCCUGUACCCAGUCCAGACUGGUGGCUCAGUGGUGGCUGAGAUGGUGCCUCGUGCAGCUGAUGUGGGCUACCUGGUGACUAAAGUGGUGGCUGUUGAUGUGGACUCUGGACAGAAUGCCUGGCUUUCGUAUAAACUGCAGAAAGCCACAGACAGGGCGCUGUUUGAAGUGGGUUUACAGAAUGGAGAAAUUAGAACUAUCCGCCAAGUGAAUGAUAAAGAUGCUGUGAAACAAAGACUGACUGUUAUAGUGGAGGACAACGGGCAGCCGUCUCGUUCAGCUGCAGUUAUUGUUAACGUGGCGGUGGCGGACAGCUUCCCUGAAGUGCUGUCUGAGUUCACUGACUUUACACACGACAAGGAGUACAAUGACAACCUGACUUUUUACUUAGUGCUGGCUUUGGCUGUAGUGUCCUUCCUCUUCAUCACGUGUGUAGUGGUUAUUAUAUCAGUGAAAAUCUACAGAUGGAGACAGUCUCGCACCAUGUUUCACUCCAACCUCCCUGUGAUUCCAUAUUAUCCACCACGUUACUCAGACACUUUGGGCACAGGGACUCUCCAGCAUGUGUACAAUUACGAGGUGUGCAGGACGACUGACUCCAGAAAGAGUGACUGUAAGUUCGGCAGAGCUGGUAGUCAGAACGUGUUGAUAAUGGACCCCAGUUCUACAGGGACCAUGCAGAGGAUACAGAGUGAGAAGAGCAUCCUGGAUGAACCAGAUUCUCCUCUAGAGCAAAAGCCCCCCAACAAUGACUGGCGCUUCACACAGGGACCGAGACCCGGACCUAGCGGUCCCCACAUGCCAUACGGUACACACAUACGAUGGACGCCGAAGAGUGGGACAAGGGCUACUGGAGGACCUGAGGUUGCUAUGGGAACUGGCCCCUGGCCCCAACCCCCAACUGAGGCUGAGCAGCUCCAGGCCCUGAUGGCUGCAGCUAACGAAGUGAGUGAGGCUACAGCCACCCUGGGGCCCGGCACCAUGGGCUUGAGCACCCGCUACAGCCCCCAGUUCACCCUGCAGCAUGUGCCCGACUACCGUCAGAACGUCUACAUCCCUGGAAGCACGGCCACCCUCACCUCCAAUCCCCAGCAGCAGCAGGCCACGGCCCAGCAGGCCGCCCAGCAGGCGCUGCCACCGCCCCAGGUCUCAGCUCAGCCUGAGCCUCCCAAGGCCGCCCAGACCCCCGCCUCCAAAAAGAAGUCCACCAAGAAGGAGAAGAAGUAAAGCUGGACGGACAGACGUGUAGAAAUGACAAACCCGGCCUGAUCUGAUGAGAAAUUCAACCCCCCAUACCCCCCCAUUAGGUGUCCCUCUGCUCUGCUGUCACGCUCAUGCUAGCCACGGUCUAAAUUAUGAGAGCAAAUCCCCCUGACCACAUGGACAUGUUGAUGGGUCUUUGAAAGAGUGUCUUGAAGAAUCUGAAUGUGCUGAAGGCUGUUACUGGUGGUGAUAACCUGUGCUGUGCUAAAGGUGGUGUAUUGCUCAUGAAGUCUCUGUCUGUAGAACAUUUUGGCAGGGUAUGGGGGGUUUUAAACAUGAUUUUUUUUUUUUUUGUGGCAAAAUUAAAUGAUCUUGGACAAAGAGAUUCAGUGUGAGAAACCUUGCUGGGAUGCCAAGGCUAUACGCAGUGAUGUAUUCAGAGAUGAAAUGUUAAUGUCUUUCAUGUUGGAUUUAUUGUGCUCUUUCCCUGAGGUGGAAAGUCCGCUAUUGUAAAGUACGCUAGCUGCCAUCAGUUAGAUCACUAUAUAGGGUCAGCCUUGCAGGAUCUUAAAGCAUAAGUCCUGGAGACAUAAGGCUGCUGUUAAACAGGUAUUAAAAAAUCAUCUGCAUGCUCUUUAAGGUUCAAAACACUUAUACUAGUUUAGAGUUGCAAACUAUGCAUUGCAAAAUCAAAGAGGAGGACAUCCUGAAUUUGUUAUCCUCCCUCUAAUCGCGGGUCAAUAAAAUGCACAUGUAGCAUUUACUUGACACAAAAGGAAAGAUACUUUUGUAAUCAUAAUUUAAAAAAAAAAGUUUAUUCCCCCGAUAUUUUUAUGACCUGAGCAUGCACCCAGAGGGAGGGCUGGCAGAGAGAGAGAUGCCAUGGGGUGUUGUCAUUGAGUCCUGAGCUGUGCUGUCCAUGCAGGUGGUAAAGCAGCAGGGACCAGCUUCUAGUACAACAAGCUCCAGAUGGGCACAAGCAUGUCCUGCUGCCCUCCUACCCUCCCUCCUCUCACCCAGAUUGUGUCCUACCAACACUCACUUUCCAAAUGAGAGCCAAACAAAGAGAAAUGCACUGUCUGUAUCCUGGGGAAUAGAUAGUAGGGUUAGUAAUCACUUCAGUCUUAGAUGUGAUCAACUUCAGUGUUAAGGAGUUUCUAGACACUCAAGUGUUUCCCCUCACUAUCCUAAAGUGCUGAAGAAACUUCUUGAUGUGGCACCGUAACAUGUUUUUUCUUUGGGAGAUAAAGAUUCGAUAGCAUAGAGAAAUUGUCUGUAUAAGAUUUAAGGUCUUUACUUUGCCGUCCAUCUGUCCAUCACGCCUCUGGCCAGAGACAACUACAUGAGAAAAGGCAGCUUGCAGGCUGGGUCAGGCAGUCAGAGGGGGUGUGUCGAGGGGUAAACAGACUGAGGUUAAAUCAACUAGAGGUGGGAAACAACUUUGGCUCUGCUCUACCUACUGAAUGUACAGAGGAACCACUGGUGACACCCCUUAAACCUUCUCUUAUGCACUGACCCAGGUAGAGGGCAACACGGCUGUCCCUGUUGGUGAGGAGAAACCACUCGAGAGCCCUCAGAAACAUCCCUCCUCCAUUUAAAUCAAUGGUGAAUCCUCAGCCUGUCUACCCCUCAUCUCCCCUCUUACUCUCUGCUCCUGUGAGGCUCUCCCCCACUGUAAAUAAACACGAGUCCUGUCGAUGGUAUGAGCCAGUUUGUACAGUAGGGAACAUGUCCAACAUUUUCAAAAUAAGAGUCCCUCUCCACAAGGCGUGGCUUACUACUGGAAUGUGUUGCAUUUUGUUUUUCAAAAAAAAAUUAAGAAAACCACAGUUAAAAAAAAAAAAGAUUAAAACCUGAGAUGUUCUUCAACAGUUUGUGUUGCAAUGUAGUAACUAAGCACCAUGGAAGCCAACUAACUCUUCAGUGUAAAUAAAGAAUUAAAGAUAACUUUAGAUAAGUAAACAAAGUGACACACGUAGACUAGUUAACUUGUGAUAUGUGUUGCGCAUAUUUUUGUGUUCAUUUUCUCUCUAUCUUUUAUCACCCUCUAAAGAAAGAAAACAAAAAAAUAUGGAAAUGUUUCUAUCCUUCUGUAACCUCUUAAUGUUCUUUUGCGGUGAUUUUAUCUUGUGCAUUUGUGAAAGAAUGCCUCUCAUUCUCUUUCUGUCCAUAUGAACAAAUGAUUAUAAAUAUUAUAUAUGUGUAAGUCCGUCCGCUGCUGAAUUAAUACUACUCUAUCCUGCUGUAUUAUCUUUCUUAUCAAAUGCUUAGCCCCCACGCUUUACCCCUGUGUUACUCUCUUAUUUUUAUGCUAAUAUUUAUAUUGCUGUUUUAUUUUCUCUUGAACACUGACAUUUCAAAUAAAAACAUUCUGAAAUAA